GGUAGGUCUAGAUUUUUUCCCCAAGGGCGGUCAGGACCCCCUGAACCCUCAGGACCCCUGACCCCUCAGAAACAUCAAUGUUGGCAUGCCGCACACAUGGGUUUUUUAAUUCAUUUUCGCGGGCCGCCAUGCCCUAAGAUGUCACAUUCGAGAGAUUUUGAGCGACGCCCACUUUGUUGGGAAAUACCUGGUCCCAUUUUUAUACCUCCAUGAAAGUGUGCUGUAUUUUGUUCAUGUUGAUGUAUCGAAUAAUAUUUGCAUAAGAAUCGUUAGCAACGUACCACAAUGGAGUGCAUUCAGGUAUAAUACAGUAGCAUACAAAAUCGCGGCUUCCUGUCAAAUCGUGUUUGGUCGACAUAUAGCGUGAAAAUUCACUGCGUCGGUUUCCUGUCCAGCAUUGUCGUAAACAAACUGCUUUAUAACGUCGACAGGAACCAGCCUGUACCUUGUCAGAUGCAACACAAACGCUUUAUGGUGGCCCAGCACAACAUUUAAUUCAGCCAUUUUACAGACAGAAGACCAGACCAGAGACGUGUUCCUUGAAGGAGGCGGUGUGGGUCGACACGUACAACAUUAUUAUGUCUCCGAAACGGUUAAAAAAAACCGAAGCCUGACGAAGGAAAGACUGCAGGCCCACUCGGGAAUAAUCAGGUCCGAUAUGCACCCGGUGUUGCCUAAAAGCCAUAAUCAAUCAGGAAUCGACAUCUCCACCAACGACAUGGCUAUGACAUCAAAAGUAUCCGAACGAAAUCAGGUUUACUAUGAUGCUGUGUGCUCCGGAGACCUGGUAACUGUCCAAGCACUUAUAUUACAAGGCGUUGAUCUGGAUUGGCCGGGAGGUGAUGGUAAAAUUCGACCUUUGCACCAAUCAGCGUGUAAUGGCUACCUUGAAAUAGUAAAGUGCCUGGUGGACGCUGGAGCCACAGUUGACUGUGUGGACGAUGAGGGGUUCACACCUUUGAUCUGGGCGUCUGUGAUGUUUGAACACGACAUCGCAGCUUAUUUAGUUUCAAAGGGCGCCAACAUAUCCUGGAUUCCUGAUGAUGGAAAGAGUGCUAUUAUGAACGCAGCCAGUUCCGAAGGCGGGCAGACUUCGCACAUGCUGAUGCUGGCGGCUUUGGGUUGGGAUAUUGGCGACCCUGGCGUCACUAACGGCUGGACGAUGUUGCACAGGGCAGUCCGGGAUGACCUACAUCAUGACAAUGAAGUGCGUAUGUUAGUCAAAAAAGGUGACGCAGAUGUCAUCAAUAAACUGGCUGCAGCAUCUGGUGGAAUUAAUGUCAAAGAUCGACUUGGAUUAACUCCAUUGCAUCAUGCUGUACGAGGUCAGCUUGUACACGAGGAAGAAAUGUGGAGAGACUAUGACAAAGGAACAUGGCGGGACGCAGACUUCAUGUCCAACCUUGUUCCCACUAAGGCUAACAUGUCUCUGGUUAGGUCGCUCAUCGCGUCAGGGUCCGAUCCAAGAGAUAUUGACAGAUAUGGUCAUUCAGUUCUAUGGCAUGCCAAAUAUUUUGGUCAAGAAGAGGUCAUCUGCUUAUUGAAAGGAGAUUUAGAGUUUCCAAUCCCCGACCAAAGCAAAGAAAAUAUUAAAAUAGCUGUAGACGAAGACAAUUGUAUAGAAAAUAAUCCCUUGGUGGAUUUAUUGCAUAAAGUUCCCCCAAACGACAGCAAUGCUACUACCUGGCCCAGGCUGGCUUUGCUGGAACUUGAUGAAUUAAUGCACAGCAGAGGUAUCGGUUUGAAGGAUCAAAGGACAAUGGCACCAGAGCUGAAUCAGUUAGACAAAGUACAUUCCAAUGAAAUUCAAGUACGACCCUGCGAUAAAAGCCUUGAAAUGGUGACGUGGAAGUCCGAUGUUCCAUCAGAGGCAAUCAGCCUCAUGGCUGAAGGGAUGAUGUUGCCAGUGUUUCUGAAUUACGUAAGACAAAGAGCUAAAAAUGAUGAAGAUCUAAGAGCUGCUUUACAUAAUAGAUCGAGUCCACCAGAAAGCCCAAAAGGAAAGCCUUUCGCAAUCAAGAACCUUUUACAGUCACCAGCCAUAAAUCCAAGUUUCAGAAACAGCAGAGGUGUACUUGAGGUUCAUGAACAGAUGGAUUGCCUGGUUCAACGCCUCGUAGAGGAAAUGAACGAUAUAUCCCCGAUGCUGGAACUUCGAGUAGUUUUGGGAGGAAGUGUAAGUGAGAAAACCAAAAUAGGUCUGCCGGACGAGUAUGACUAUCGUCUGUAUGUUGGAGCACUGGACGGUAAAUGUUCCGUCGUGAGGGAAAUUGAAUAUGACUUGAGCGUCCAAUCUUGGCAAAGGAGAACAGUCAGCAUCCGAGUGUCGGAUGACGUGUCUUCAUCGUGGUCGUCGUAUUGUGACGACUCUAACGUUAUUGACCCUGCAGCGUUGUUUAUGCACAUCCAUGGCGUAAUGUAUAAGUGUAUCUUCCCUGAACUACCUCCGUUGAGGCUGUAG